UGUGUCUAAGGCUAAUGUAGGAGUGUUCUGUGCAUUUGCAUUUUUGUAGGUUGCAGAGUGUCAGUUUGUUGGUUAAUUUUUUGAGUGAAUGUUUUGGUGAAUGUCAGAUUGAUUAUUGUUUUUUGUUGAAACGAAAUCGCGGUCAUUUUUUAACAUUAGCUUAUUACUAUUCAAAAAGAAACUACACAUUUCUUCAUCCUACAAAAAAUAUAUAAGUGCAAGGAGUCUGGUUUAAAAAACAGCAAAAUGACUGAUAAUUAUGACCAAGAGCAAGUCAUCAUGACGCCAAAAUGCAAAACAAACAAUUCAACCACUCUGAUAAUAGAACGAAGGAAAGUCAAUAAAACAAAUGACAACAUGCAUGUAGCAGGAGGGGAACAUACAGGAAUAAUAAUAAAUAAAGAAGCACUGACAGAAAAUGGUACCGAAGUACCAGCACAGCUUUCCUUGGAAUUCAGGGUGUUUCUGGUGAACAAAGAAACUAGUAAACAUACGCAGGAAAGUAGGACGAUUCGUUUUUGGUUCAGAGAAUCAAAAUCUACCGAUGAAAUUGACGCUGGAGGUCAGGCAGGCACUGCUCAAGAUUUUUUCAGGGAACUGGUUAGCCCACAAGAAUUUCCAAGAGAUUAUGUGGGCUUUAUAAAAAAAAUUAUGAAACUUAUGCAGCACAACUUCAAUUCGAUAAUAAAAUUAGAAGUAGAACUUAGACAAUUAGAAGAACCUGUUACAUUGCCACCGAGACCACUUUCAGCUGAAGAAAAUUCUCUUGGACAUAUUGUAGUUUUGACGGUAGAGAAAGUACUCGAAAUAAUAGAAUCGUCAUACCCUAAUCCCAUAACCGUUAAGGAUGUUGCCAAGGAAAACGGAUGGGAUGAGGAAGAAGUUGCACAAUGUCUUUCUGCACUGCAAUCUCGACAGCUUGUCAAAGCAAUGGAUCAUGGUGCCUUCACUCGUCAACAGUCUCAUGACACCCACCAGGUCACCGUUGUCAAACAAAUGCCGACGAUGGCAAGAUCCAAACAGCCUACUAUUGCCAUUAUCACCGCGCAAUAUUGCGAGAAAUUGGCAGUUGACGCAAUGAUAGAGAACAAGGAGACCUUUGUUCGGUAUACGACAGUCGGAGAGUCGAACGUGUAUACCCUAGGUAACAUUGGGGCGCACAAGAUCGUCUGCACCAAACUACCCUCGGUAGGGCACACCAGGGAAGCCAUGACGGCGGCGGGGAACACCACUACCCGCUUGCUGGGCACCUUCCAGAAGGUCGAUCACGUGUUCCUGGUGGGAGUGGGGGGCGGAGUACCACAUUAUACCGACUACAAUAAGCACGUCAGAUUGGGGGAUGUGGUGAUUUCGUGUCCAUUCAAGAACAAAAACGUCUACUUGUACUGCGAAUCCGCCAAAACCUCGGAAGACGGCACCACCGAAUUCGACAUCAAACCGUACGCCCCUGCCGACCCCAACCUCCAAAACAUCGCCGCCCAACUGAACCACCAAUCAUCGGAAACUUCGACGCCGCCGCCGUGGCUCGGCCACCUGCGCGACGGCCUCAGCGUGCUGAGCGGCCAGGCUGAGCCGGCCUUCGACGCGCCGGACUCGGGUACGGACAAGCUGUACAUGAGCAUCGGGGAGAGGGACGUGAUCGAGGUGGCGCAUCCGGUGCCCCUGGACGGGGCCGUCAAAAGGUUGGAAGGCUGCCCGAAGCUGCAUCUGUCGCCCAUCGCCUCGGGCAGGCAGAUGGUCAGGGACGACCGCCUGAGGCAGCAGUUCGCCCAUCGCACGGGCGCUCUGGCCUUCGAUUGUGAAUUCGAUGCGGUCAUCGAGUCCGUCCUGGGCAAUUGCAAGGACAGCUUCAUCUGCAUCAGGGGAAUCUCGGACUACAAGGUGAGAGAGCAAAAGUGCCGUAUCGCUAUG